GACAUGAGGCUGAGCUGGGUCCUGACAAUACUAUCCAUUUGCCUGAGUGCCCUGGCCACAGCCACAGAGGCAGAAGGCAAACACAAGCUACAGUUUGGAGUGAAGAAACGUGUUGACCACUGUCCCAUCAAGUCUAGAAAGGGAGAUGUCUUACACAUGCACUACACAGGGAAGCUGGAAGAUGGGACAGAGUUUGACAUCAGUCUACCACAGAACCAGCCUUUUGUUUUCUCCCUUGGCACGGGCCAGGUCAUCAAGAGCUGGGACCAGGGCCUGCUGGGGAUGGGUGAAGGGGAAAAGCGAAAGCUGGUGAUUCCAUCUGAGCUGGGGUAUGGAUAUGGAGAGAGGGGAGCUCCCCCAAAGAUCCCAGGUGGAGCAACCCUGGUGUUUGAGGUGGAGCUGCUCAAGACUGAGCGAUGCUCAGAACUGUAG